CCGGCCAGGAGGAUGGUUCUGCUGACUCGAUGCUGCUGCUGGCGAUCCGUCCGGAAGGGGAGCUUCGCCAGCGGAAUCUUCACCCUGGCCAUCUAUCUUGUCCUUCUGGUGACAUCCGUAUUUCAUGUGCAUACUGUCGCAGAUUCUGUAGAGCUUCUGACCCUGAACAUAUUCUGCCUCAUCUUUUCCUUCUUUUGUGUCGUCUCUUCCGUCGUUCUGAUAGUUGGCCUGUGUGUGGACAACCGACUUUUCCUCCUUCCCUGGGUGGCUUCCGUAUCUGCCUCCACCCUCCUUGAGUUCAUCGCUUCACUCUACUUCAUUCCGGAUGCGAUUGAAAAUCCGUGGUUGUUGAUUCUUUUUGUGACCGAUCUUCUCUUCUGUUUACUGAGCGUGUAUUGCGUCGUGUGCGUCAUCUCCCAGUAUCAGCAGUACCUAUCAGGUAGAGGAAGGGCAGGGCAAACGCCAAAUUGUCCGCCCAUUCCUACAGUUCGUUUCCAGCCCAGUGCGGGACCUUCGCAACCCAUUCCCUCUGUCUCAUACCAGGUCACCCAGCAGAACGGCGCUCCCCUACUCCUGACUGUACCCACUCCCAAUUCGUCCAGCAUUUCUGGCAUGGGCCACACAGAUAUGAGCUCUGUUUCAGACGACCCUUCCUCUUCAAGAGGAAGGGGCAGCAGCACGGAUGAUACUUGCGGGGAUGAUUCUCCACCCGCCGUCACUUUACGUAUCCAAAAAGACACUAGAAAGAAGAAAUGAGAUGUCAUCCCUCCACAUGAACAAAGCGCAUCAAUCCCAGCGAUGGCAAGGUACAAAGAUUAAGAGCUGUACCCAUCUGCUAUCAUAACAAAAAGGAAAAUUUGCAGUGAGUGACAACUCAUAUUGACUGUACAGACAAAGCUACAUAAUGUAGUUUUACGCAGAGUUCAAUAGUCCUGAAUACCAUUCCAAUGUAGAUAUAUUCAAAAAGAAGUUUUUUCAAAAAAAAAUCAUAAAUGUUCUGUGCUAUUAAUU